UAUUAAAUGGUAAGUAGUGUCUGAAAUGCCAAAAGGUUUGAAGAUAAGCUCUGGGUUCUUCCCAUCUUUUAAUGCGUUUGUCAAACGUUAACUGAGAGUCCAAAACAAUUCCAAGAUACUUCAAAUCCUUUUCUGUCUCUAAUUCACUGUCUUUCAUCCUCACUUUGAAAGUAUCUUUGAUUAGGAGUUUUCUGAUUGAGAAACACAGAGUAACACCCAAUUUGUGCAAAAAAUAUAUAUAUAAUCAAGAGUUAAGCAUUAUUAUCCCUAAGAAAACCUCACUGUAAUGACCACUAAUUCACAGACAUUGACACACAAUUAGAAAUCCAAUACAUUCAUCUGUCGUACUGCGCACAUUAUGCAGAGUUUUUCUAAUUGGCCCUGUGAGGCAGUAGUCUACGCACAUUUUGUCAGCUGGGGACAGCAGCUGUCAAUCAAAAAGCAUCUUUAUAACCAGGCGCUGAAGCUGAAUCAUUGUGUCUCAGAAUAAACCCGGGGACAGACAGGAGCUCCACUGUGAUCAUCGAUCGUCAAUCGAUGCCUUCUCUGAUGCAAUUACUCUAACACGUUUAGACUCAGAGUGGCAGUAUUGCUAAAUAUAUGAAAUCUGUCUUUUGAGCACUUCAAUUUUAGGAAAUCUUCUACCCAGUCGUUCCUAACCUUUUUUCUUAUCCUGGCUGCUUUUGACUUUUCCUAUCCUUUCUUUCUGGAAAACAUGGAUAAGUUGAGUGAGAACAAUGCAACAGUGGUGAACAGCUCCAUAGACAAGUGGUCAUUCAAUGAACAUGGCUAUUACCAGCACCUGGAUCAUGGGGAUCUGAGGGUCCUGGUGCCGGUUAUUCUUGGAGUCAUCUGUGUCUUGGGUGUGGCUUGUAAUCUCACUGCAAUGUUCAUCUUGUUCUCCAACGCUCAUAGAGGCAAACUAUCUCUUAUCAACUCCCUCAUCUUCAACCUGAUGUUUGCUGAUGGACUGGUAUUGAUGUUUACGGUGCCUUUCAGGGCUGCCUCCUACUCCAAAGCUAGCUGGAAUCUGGGCUGGGUGGUCUGCAAGACAGCUGACUGGUUCCUCCAAUCCUGCAUGGCAGCAAAGAGCUUCACAGUGGCUGUCAUGGCCAAAGCGUGCUACCGCUACGUGUCCAACCCCACCAAGCAGGUGAGCAUCCACCUGGGCUCUAUCCUUGUGGUGUUCUUCUUCAUCUGGCUGUCUGCUUGCUCUGUCACCAUCCCUCACUGGCUGUUUGCUAGGCUGCAGAGAGAGAUCCGGGGGCUGGUGUGUGUGCUGAUAAUUCCUCCUGAAGCCAGUAAUUUCAUGUCUGUGUACGUCAAAGCAUACCCCUUGGGGGUCUACUGUGCACCUCUCAGCUUUGCCCUGAUGUAUUUCUGGAAGGCUUACGGCCAGUGCCAACGCCGCUCCAGUAAGACUCAGAACCUCCGCACACAGAUCAGAUCCAGGAAGCUCACCUUGAUGCUAUUCAGCCUGACUGUGGCCAUGGCUAUUCUCUGGCUUCCACAGUGGGUGGUGUGGGUUUGGGAGCGUCACAUAGCAGAGAAGGAAAUAGAGGGAGCCAAGCCCCUUGUCUCCCCUCUUCCUCUUCUUCUAACCCUCUCUGCACAGUUGCUCACCUUCUCUCUGUCCCUGGUGAACCCUCUAAUAGUCCUCUCCCUCUCCGAGGAGUUCAGAGAGGGCUACAGGGGGCUGUGGAGGCGCCUCACCCUGCGCAAACAACCUCCUCCAAAGCCAAAACCCGGACCUCACAACCCUACAGCUCACCAGUCGCCUUGCCCCAGACCAGAAACUUCUGGCCAGCUGCAGGGGGAGAAGAGCCUACUAUCAAGCUCCAGCCAGGGUCCCAGCAGAGAGGCUCAGCCCAAGCCGGAGCAGGGAGGAGGAGGAAAAGAGGUCGACACUGCAAGCCUCAAAGAUGGGAUUGUCUUGCCUGAUGUGGAGCAGUUCUGGCAUGAGAGGGAGACUGGAUUGCACACAGACGAAAAUGAUCCUGUGCCGUGGGAGCACCAGAGCAAAGAGGAGAAAAUAUAACUUCCACCUUCCUGCUGAUCUUAUAUAUCAUCUUCAUCACAGUACUCAGACAGCAGCAGCUUCAUCAACAGACCUCAGUUGAAUGGACUGCUGAGUGCUGCACCGUAAAUCAUUUGUAUUCUUCUAUCUAUUCACUGUGUUUAUGAUAUUAUUCAAAGGUAAGAAGUGCAAUCAGUAUGGAAUACGAGUGUGGACUAUAAAUAGAGCAGUGUCGUGUGUAUGCAUAAUGUUGUCUUUUGUUGUUUAAUGAGGAAAAACUUCAUUAUAAUUAGCGUAAGAUGACUUUUGGUGGCUGUAAAAUAAAGCUUCUGGCAAGGAUGACAAUGUGAAUUCAAUACACAGUAGAUUUAUAUAAGUUUUCAGUAUAUUGUGUGGUGAAUGAACCUUGUAAUUUACAGUUUUCUUGAAGUAUUUGGGCAUAAUACUGCUCAGUCAUUUUGCUGGUGAGUUGCAAGGGAUCCUCUGGGAAAGACAGGAAUCUUGAUUUGAGAUCCUAAUUGGAGGUACAGUCAACACUAUAAAUUUAUUUUGCACUCAUGUGAAAUUAUUGUUUGUAUAUACCCCUUGGAUAAUAGUGCUGUUAAAGUUGGCAGUUAUUUGUGUGACAGUAAACAAAUCUGUGUCUCCAGUCCUUUUUCUGCGAGAAAGAUUAUUCAUAUUAGUUAUUAUUAAUCAUUGUGCAUCUGAAUGACCAGUGUUCAUAAUAAAGGCAAUUCUAAAAACAUA